AUUUUGUUCGUGCUCAUGCACUCGGACGAUCUGGACCGCAUAUUGGAGCUGAUGCCCGUGAUAUCCGGCAGCGUAACGUGCGGGGUGAAAUUUGCUAGCUUAAAUUAUCACUUCAAAAAAUUCAAAAUUAUGCUCCAACAAGUUCAUGACGAUUGGAUGAAUCUCUCGAUGGAAGCGGAACGAAUUUUCAGAAAGUACAUGGAAUAUACGUGGAGAUUUACAUCGGUAUAUUUAGGUUUCAUAAUUGCAUUUGUCAUCGGUUAUUCAUUAUUGCCGCUCGUAAACCGAGCACUCGAUAUUGUAUCGCCGCUAAACAUAACGAGACCGAAAAAACUUAUGCAUCCGGCCGAAAUGCUGGUGGAUCAAGAAAAAUAUUACUACACUCUGCUCAUAAUCAUGUAUUACGGUUACAUCAUAAGUAUAGCAAUCCUAGCAGCAAUUGACACAAUCUAUUUCGUCUUCAUAGAGCAUGCUUGCGCACUGUUCGAGAUCCUGAG